AUGGCUGAUUAUCUUCUUUCACAACGCGCGAGCCAACAGGUUGGAGAGAAAUGGGUAUAUAAUCUCAUUCAACGUCGCCCAGAGAUCGAAUCAAAAUUUUCACGGAAAUAUAACUACGAGCGUGCUAAAUGCGAAGAUCCGAAGAUAAUCCAAGAAUAUUUUGAUCGCACUGGCUUUGCUAUGGGAUUCUGUGUGACUGCAAAGGUUAUCACUGGAAGUGAUCGAUAUGCUCGGCCGAAGCUAUUACAGCCUGGUAAUCGAGGAUGGGUAACUGCAAUUGAAGCAGUUGGUUCGAUUGAAUGGGCCUUGCCUUCGUACGCCAUUUUCAAGGCAAAGAAAUACACUCGAUUAGGCUGGUUGAGGAUCUCAAUGUUAGCGAUAAUGGAUGGACAACAGAUAAGAUUGGAUUAG